AUGGCUACAUAUUACUCCAGUUCAAGCGACCAAAGAGAUGUUAUGCCAACCCUUUAUUUGAGGGAUCCAGGACGGGCCACUUAUCAAGAAUCAUCGCAUCCUGGCAAUGUGGUGUAUCUGAACUACUCAUCUGCAGGGCCAUAUUCGGAUACCUUGGCAGGCAACUCGCAGUCCCAUCAGAACAACUGUGUCGAGCUUCCUGUUCCUACAGGGAUGCUUUCUCAAGACUCAUCUGCUGGGGCCUCAGACUCAACUGCAUCGCAUCAAGGGAUCCUAUCAAACUUAGUUGCCCCACGUCUUGGAGAACAAGCUUACGGAGUCUGGAGGGACGGACGAAACGAGACGUUGUUCAUACAGCCGACAGGUGCCCUUCAAACCAUGCAAUCAAUUGGGGGGACGAUGAAUAAUACUGACAAUCUGGUCCGUCAGUCUGUUAGUGAGGGUCCUCAAAUGGAUCUCCGGACACAGCUGGGCAUCUUACACAGUGGGCACAAUUUACAGCUGCAGAGGCCGGAUAUUUCGACUGUCCAUGCCCAGGGAUUGUCUCUUAGUCUCAGCACACAGAUCCCAUCUGCCAUUUCGGUGCCUUCAUUUCAGUAUCAGAAUUCCAAUACGGACAUCUCUUUCUUGGGUUCUCAUCAGUCGACUUCCGGAGAUGGGGGCUCAUGUAGAGAUGACAGCUCUCUUAGCAAGCAAUCGGGAAGUACUGAAUUCUCUCCUGCUUAUUCGGGGCGUGAUCGUGCAAUGCAUAUGGAUGCAUCUCCCUACGGACUGUCUGGCUUAUCGGGCACCAUUUCAAAUUCAAAGUAUCUCAAGGCGGCACAGCAGCUACUUGAUGAAGUUGUCAAUGUACGCAAGGCCCUGAGGCAGGAGUCAGAUAAACGCCAGAGCUUCCAUGUUUCUAUGACAGGCUGCGAAGAGACUGAUGGAGGAUCAAAAUGUGGUUCAUUGCCUCCCUCGUCUGGGAUGCCUGUAAACCCACAGGAAUCAACUGAGAACUCCACCAGUGAGCUCUCAUCUGCUGAGAGACAGGAUCUACAGAACAAGAUGACGAAACUGCUCGCCAUGUUGGAUGAGGUUGAUAGAAGAUACAAGCAGUACUACCACCAGAUGCAGAUUGUGGUGUCAUCGUUCGAUGUCAUCGCAGGGUGUGGGGCUGCUAAGCCGUACACAGCACUUGCCCUCCAGACAAUUUCCCGCCACUUCCGCUGCUUGCGAGAUGCGAUCAGCAGUCAAAUUCGAGAGGCCAGAAAAAGCCUUGGGGAGCCGGAUACUUCAAGUGGCAAAGGGGGUGGGAUAUCCCGCCUCCGCUUUGUAGACCAGCAGCUCAGGCAACAGAAGGCCCUUCAGCAGAUUGGUAUGAUUCAGCAACAUGCUUGGAGGCCUCAAAGGGGCCUGCCCGAGAGCUCUGUUUCGAUCCUUCGUGCCUGGUUGUUUGAGCACUUCCUUCAUCCUUACCCGAAGGAUUCGGAUAAAAUAAUGCUGGCAAGACAGACGGGAUUGACCAGAAGUCAGGUCUCAAAUUGGUUUAUAAAUGCGCGUGUGCGCCUUUGGAAGCCUAUGGUUGAGGAGAUGUACAAGGAGGAAAUUGGCGACGUUGAGGUGGACUCAAAUUCUUCAACAGAGAAUGCACCAAAAGCAAUGGACGGUGUUGGGACUUCUGAGGACAGGGAAGAGCUGCAGCAAAGCAUGAAAUCUGUGACCCAAACCAGCCAAUUUGGAGAAUCGAAAUCCAUUCACAUCUCGGAUGUGGAAAUGGCUGCUACCACAGCUUGCUUUCAGAACGUGGGGAAUGUGGAAGAGACCGACUUUGGGAAUCUAAAAUCCAGGGACCAGACAGCGGCACCCAAUGUAGAUGCCUGUAGUAUUCUCCAAGACACGCUCGUCCAGCCUGACGGGAAUGGGAGGUUUAUGACCUACCAGAUGGCAGAGUUGGGGAGGUUUGGGAAUGGAGGCGUGUCACUCACACUGGGCCUUCAGCACUGUGAUGGUGGGCCACCUAUAUCGGAUGCCCAGCAGAAUAUUGUGACCGUGAGAGAGGAAGAGAUGUAUGGUGCAGCUUCUGUUGGGGCAGAUGCAGCGGACUACAACUGUAUGAAUUUGGGAAACCAGCAGCACAGGUUUGGCUCAACCCGUCUGUUGCAUGAUUUCGUAGCUUGAAAUGCUGAUUCUCUGCAGUGGCAUGCGAAGCUCAUGAGAAUAACAUGCUUUAUAAGCUGUCCCACCGCAGAUUCUGCUCACAAUGGUGGCCCGCCUAUUUCGGGUAAUGAAGGAACAACACUAUGAAAGAAACAGUGUAAUAUAUAGCAGUGAUUGGUGGGAAUAUAUAAUUAGUGGGGGGGGGACAUGUUGUAAAAGAGGUAUGCUAAUCCCAGCCCUGUAAAUGCCUCUGCGUUGCCAGCACUGCACACGCACGGAACAUCAAACGGUCCAUUUCGUGGGCCCCACUGCAUUACAUGCCCUGGGCCCAAGAAUCAGGCAACUCCACUCACCAGGUGGGGCACAACGUAUGAAGCAAAUGGAGUUGGCGAACAUUGAAUGGUCUGCAUUCAACAUAUAUGUUUGUCCCACAUGAUGAGCAAUGGCCUGAUUCUUGGACCAGGGCAUCUGCGGAUUGGGGCCCCACAGAAUGGACAGCCAAGACUCAGCACAUGUGCGGUGCGUUGACACAGCUGGAGGCAUGCAUGGGGGUGGGCCCCAUGCCACGCGUGGGACUAGCAAACCUCUGUUGUAAAAAUAGAAGCAUAAUUUUGUGUAAUCUGUUGAGGAAGGAAACAUAUAAGAUUACUUCACUGAAAGUAUUCAUCUAUGGUCUUGAAGAAAAUGGGACCCACAUCCCAUCUUGGUGAGUUCUAUUUGCUGGAUGCUGGCAAUGAUCAUCAAUAACGACAACUACGGUGCCAUUUUAUUAUGUCAUCUAGCAUUCUUAUCAAAUGAAUAAUUCAUUGUCUGGUUGAGUUG